AUGAGUUUCUCAAGUAUAAAUUGCUUGUUCUAUCUCUUGCUGUUGUUUGCAUUCUGUGAAAUGCAAAGCAUUGCAGGAAACAACAUUCUGACCUGCACCACCUUCGGCAGUCGGUGCUUUGCCAAGAAAGUGUCAUGCCCGAAUGAGUGCCCUCUUCAAUCACCAUCCAACCCAAAAGCCAAAGUCUGCUAUCUUGACUGUCAUUCUCCCACUUGCGAAGCUCAAUGCAAAAAUCGCAAACCAAAUUGCAAUGGGCGUGGAUCUGCAUGCCUGGACCCUCGUUUUGUUGGAGCAGAUGGAAUUGUUUUCUACUUCCAUGGAAGGAGAAAUGAGCAUUUCGCCUUAGUAUCCGAUGUCAACCUCCAGAUCAAUGCACGUUUCAUUGGCCUCAGGCCAGCAACUAGAACAAGGGACUACACUUGGAUCCAAGCAUUGGGACUCCUCUUCGGUUCCCACAAGUUCACCAUUGAGGCCACCCCAGCACCAUCAUGGAACGGUGAAGUUGACCACUUGAAGUUUUCUCACAAUGGCAAAGAACUUGCCAUCCCAGAUGGUUACCUCUCCACAUGGAAGUGCCCACAAAAUCAAGUUAGAAUAGAGAGAACAUCAAGCAAGAACAGUGUUACCAUUACUCUCCCAGAAGUUGCUGAGAUAUUUGUCAAUGUUGUGCCUGUCACAAAGGAAGAUAGUAGAAUCCACAACUACCAAAUUCCUGAGGAUGAUUGCUUUGUUCAUUUGGAGGUGCAGUUCAAAUUCCAUGGUUUGUCUUCAAAAGUUGAAGGGGUUCUUGGAAGGACUUAUCAGCCAGAUUUUCAGAAUCCAGCAAAGUUGGGGGUGGCAAUGGCAGUGGUUGGAGGGGAAGACAGGUACAGAACCACAUCACUAGUCUCUGCAGAUUGUGGGGUUUGUUUGUUUGAUGAUGCAAAAGAAGCUUCAGAGAAUAUUAACUUAGUGAGUGAAUAUGGUGUCAUGGAUUGCACUGGUAUGGCCAACAGUGGGAAUGGCAUAGUUUGCAGAAGAUGA